CCCGGGACCAUGAGCUUCUUCGGGUUCGGGCAGAGCGCGGAGCUGGAGCUGGUGCUGAGCGAUGCCGAGAGCCGGCGGCGCGUGGAGCACAAGACGGAGGAGGGAAAGAAGGAGAAAUACUUCCUUUUCUAUGAUGGGGAGACGGUGUCCGGGAGGGUGGUCCUCACCCUGAAGAAUCCCAACAAGAGGUUGGAGCAUCAGGGUAUCAAAGUGGAGUUCAUCGGGCAGAUCGAACUCUACUAUGACCGAGGAAACCACCAUGAGUUCGUGUCUCUGGUGAAGGACUUGGCCCGUCCUGGGGAGUUCACUCAGUCACAGACGUUUGACUUUGAAUUCACACACGUGGAGAAACCUUAUGAGUCCUACACGGGGCAGAAUGUGAAGCUACGGUAUUUCCUCCGCGCCACCGUGAGCCGCAGGCUGAACGACGUGGUGAAGGAGAUGGAUAUCGUCGUGCACACCCUGAGCACCUACCCAGAGCUCAACUCCUCCAUCAAGAUGGAGGUGGGGAUUGAGGACUGCCUGCACAUCGAGUUUGAGUAUAACAAGUCCAAGUAUCAUUUAAAAGAUGUGAUUGUCGGAAAGAUCUACUUCCUGCUGGUGCGAAUCAAGAUCAAACACAUGGAGAUAGAUAUCAUCAAGAGAGAAACAACAGGGACUGGGCCCAACGUGUACCACGAGAACGACACAAUAGCUAAAUACGAGAUCAUGGAUGGGGCACCUGUGAGAGGGGAGUCCAUUCCCAUCAGACUCUUUCUGGCUGGCUAUGAGCUGACUCCAACGAUGAGGGACAUCAAUAAGAAGUUCUCUGUGCGUUAUUACCUCAACCUGGUGCUGAUUGAUGAGGAAGAGAGACGCUACUUCAAACAGCAGGAGGUGGUGCUGUGGAGGAAAGGAGACAUAGUGCGGAAGAGCAUGUCCCACCAAGCAGCCAUCGCGUCGCAGCGGUUUGAGGGCACGUCCUCGCACGGCGAGGCCAAGACCCCGAGCCAGCCCGCAGAGAACAACGGCCGGCAGUGAGGCACACCCAGGAAAGCUGCUGGGGAGCCCACGGGGGGACAGCAGCUCCCAGGAAGAGAAACACUUCAGAGACUUCGUGAAAAUAAAUAUCCG